AUGUCCAACCCUGUUUACGUUGCCGGUGUCGGCAUGACCAAGUUCAUCAAGCCCCGAGAUCUGAUGGGCUACGAGGAGAUGGGUCUCGAGGCCGCCGUCAAGGCUCUUCUUGAUGCCGGAAUCACUUACGACAAGGUCGAGCAGUGUGUUGCUGGCUACGUCUAUGGAGACUCUACCUCCGGCCAGCGGGUUGUCUACCAGCUCGGUAUGACCGGUAUCCCCGUCAUGAACGUCAACAACAACUGUUCCACUGGAUCCACAGCUCUUUUCAUUGGUUCUCAGCUCAUUAAGGCCGGUGUCCUCGACUGUGUUCUCUGUGUUGGAUUCGAGAAGAUGGAGCCUGGAUCUCUCGGUACCAAGUGGACCGACCGAGUGUCCCCCAUGGACAAGUCCAUGCAGAUGAUGUUUGACAUUGAGGAGCAGUCCGAGGCCGGUCUUGUCUGCCAGCUGUUCGGUAACGCCGGAAAGGCCUACAUCAACAAGAACAACGGUAACCCCGAGUGUCUCGACCGAAUUGCCCAGGCCAACCACGAGCACUCUUCUCGAAACCCCUACUCCCAGUUCCAGACCGUGUACACCCUGGAUCAGAUCAAGAACGCCCCCAAGGUCCACAACCUUACCAAGCUGCACUGCUGCCCCACCUCCGACGGUGCUGCUGCCGUCGUCAUCUGUUCCGAGAAGUUCAUCAAGGAGAACCCCCAUCUCCAGAACCAGGCCAUUGAGAUUGCCGGUAUUGCUAUGGCCACCGACACCCCCAAGCUUUUCUCCAAGGACUCCAUUGAGCUUGUGGGCUCUGACAUGACCCGAAAGGCUGCCCAGGACGUGUUCAAGCAGGCCAAGAUGACCCCCGAUGAUGUCCAGGUUGUCGAGCUGCACGACUGUUUCUCUGCCAACGAGCUUGUCUCCAUUGAUGCCAUGGGUCUGUGCAAGCCUGGCACUGCCUGUGACUUUGUCAUGAACGGUGACCACACUUACGGCGGCAAGUACGUCAUCAACCCCUCUGGAGGACUCAUUUCCAAGGGUCACCCUCUCGGUGCCACUGGUCUUGCUCAGUGCUCAGAGCUGGUCUGGCACCUGCGAGGCUGGGCCGACAACCGACUGGUCAAGGACACCAAGGCUUGUCUUCAGCACAACGUUGGUCUUGGUGGCGCUGUCGUCAUGGCCGUCUACAAGCGACCCGACUUCUACAAGGAGGGUGGUGAGAACGGAAAGACCCGACUGGGUUACAACCCUGCCACCGAGGCCCGGCGAAUCUCUGUCGAUGACCUCAACAAGGUUAAGGCCAAGCCUUACGCCGACUUCAUGGUCGAGGACAACCGAAUUGAGGAGAUUCGACUCGACUCCAAGCUUUAA